UUUCAAUCAUAAACAAACGAGCAUGGCCGAUAAGGUUCUGUCGGUGAGUCGGAGUUUUCUCUCAAAAAAAGAUAAGGACUCCGUCACAGACUCCUGCUCCGUGUACAGAAGGAGAUGGUACAUCUUGAUCGUAUUCUCUUUGAUCGCUGGAGUGCAGGCAGCGGCUUGGAACACGUGGGGUCCUAUAGCGGGAUCCGCUGAAGAUGUUUUUGGCUGGAGCGAUGGAACGAUCGCGCUCCUCGAGAACUGGGGGCCGAUCGCCUAUAUUGUGUCCUUCGCACUCUUUUCAUGGCUUUUGGACGUCAAAGGUUUAAGGAUCUCAGUUCUAGUAACAGUUGCACUGAUGUUUGUAGGAACAGGGAUUAGGUGUAUCACAUCAAAACCCAAACCAGCAACAUGGCUAAUACACACGGGUCAAUUUUUUAAUGACCUUGCUGCACCAGUUGCCAUGGGUGCUCCACCCUUGGUGUCCUCUACAUGGUUCCCCCCUAAUCAGAGAGCAACAGCAACAGCAAUCUCAUCAUUAAUGAGUUAUGUUGGAAUAUCAAUAUCAUUUGGAGUAGGGCCUUUUGUUCUCAAUCCCACAGAAGUUGCAGAUCCUCCCUUGCCUAAUGCAGAUAUUUACAAUAACUCUCACAAGGACAGUGUUUAUUUGGGAAAUAAUAGCACAAACAAGAUGUCUUGGGAUAAGGCUGUGUCUACUGCAAGGUGGCAUAUCAUGCUUUAUAUGUACAUUGAGUUUGGAUUGGUGGCCUUCUUGUUUCUGUGUGUCUUGGUGUACUUCCCAGCAAAGCCUCCCAGGCCACCCAGUUUUUCUGCUGCCAAGAAAAAAGUUGACUAUGUAGAAGGUGGAAAAAGACUCAUCAAAAAUUGCCAGUUCUGGAAUUUAAACAUUCUUUAUGGAGCAACAACAGGUGUUUUCAGUGGAUGGGGAGGAGUGUUGGCAGUGAAUCUCUUGGCAUUCAACUUAAAACAAGAUACUGCUGGUUGGAUUGGUUUCUAUGCCAACAUCACAGGUUGUGUCUUUGGAUUCAUCAUGGCAAGGUUUGCUGAUGUGUUUACCGGGCACAUGAAGUUAUUCCUUAUCUUCCUGUUCCUGGGUUCUACUGGCUCGUUUUUGUGGUUUUCACUUCUCUGUCAAAGAUUUAUUCCAUUUUCAAUAGUGUGGCUGUACAUCUCCGCAAUCCUCGGCGGUUGCUUUAUCAAUGGUUCCAUCCCGCUGUUUUAUGAGCUCACGAUUGAAACAACGUAUCCUAUUGCGGAGGGAAUUCCUAUGGCUGUGGUGACUACCUCUAAUCAUUUAUUCUGCCUGCUGUUUUUGGCUGCAUUGAUGAUUCCCGGAAUAGGAACCUUGUGGAUGAAUUGGUGUAUGGUGGGCAUUUGCGCUGGAUGUAUUCCUCUUUUACUUCUGUUUAAAGAAAAGUACUCUCGCCUUGAACUGGAUGCAGCAAAUAGGAAAGCGAAGCGUACUGGAGCAAUACAAAACACAAGGCAGGACGAGGAAACUCCGCUCAUAUCUUCGGUGGAAAUCGGUUAUGGCGGAGGUGAAAAAAAUGGAGUCCACAACAGGAAUGGUUCAACAACUUCUGAAGUUUAAAUGCUGUACUUAUAGGGCUAUUGACAGUGGGUACAGACUUUAGAGCAAUCUUUGCAUCUUUAAAAAUGAUAACCUUUAAAAUUCAAAUGGAAUGAAAUACCCAAAAUAAGAAUCUGUUCGCUUUGUAUGACGUGUACUGAAAUACCCAAAGUAAGAAUCUGUUCGAGAAGGGGGUUCGCUUUUUAUGACGCCGUGAGGGGCUCCUGAUGACGUGUACAAGGGUGUGUGGUGCCACAGAUUGUCAAUUUAAGUCACUUGCUUUUUUUAUUUUUUGUUUCUUCUUUUUUCAAAAGGUGUUUACUUGGAAUUUUCCUGGCCUGGAUUAUUAAGGAUGUUUGUUUUUAGUACUGCAAUCUGCAAUCGGGCGCUUACUCAAGAAUUCCUAUUGAGCAGCCCGGCAUUAGAACGUACAAAUUUUGCCUUCCCUUUUUCCUGUCUAUCUUGUAGUGAUUUGCCACAGGUAAUAAAUUUUCAAGAUGUAAGACUCCAAGGGUAAUCAGUAAUAUGGCAAUCAUGAUAAAAUUAAUCCGGUCAACCCUUUGACCCAUAACAAUAGUAACUUGCGUCUAAUUCCCCCCCCCCCCCGCUUUUAAUAUUAUCCCCCUGAAUCGAUGGUUAAGGCACAAGAAUAAAGCAAAUUAUUACCAACGUAAGAAGCACUUAGUUCGUAAAGAAAUUCUCCUUGUCAGCACCAUAGAAAAUACAUAGAAAACAGUAUGGAGAAUAUGCAUACUGAUCUCAGGGUGCAAGGGGUUGAUCUUUUCUUGAUACAAUGUAUCGGGGAGGUUUUACUUGACAAAUGUCACGGAAUAUACUUUGAUCCAAAUCUAGUUUUAAUUUUCAAUUAACUGAGAUGAACCUUGUAGCAUCCAGUUUAACAAAAUUAUUAUUGUCGUAUUUGCUUCCUCCUCCGGAAUGUAUUUUGUACAUGUACAUGAAAUGU